AUGGAGGACAUGGUUAUGAUGGCCUACCUCAAUGAGCCCACUGUGCUGUAUAACCUCAAAGAGCGUUACGGAGCAUGGAUGAUAUAUGCAAGUCUUUUACACUGAUAAACAAUAUUUCACCCCAAAAAAAUUUAAUUGAUAAUCUCAUUGUUAAAUGUAUCUAACAAGGGCAUAUACACUACCGGUCAAAAGUUUUAGAACACCUACUCAUUCAAGGGUUUUUCUUUAUUUUUACUAUUUUCUAGAAUAAUAGUGAAGACAUCAAAACUACGAAAUAACACAUAUGGAAUCAUGUAGUAACCAAAAAAGUGUUAAACAAAUCAAAAUAUAUUUUAUAUUUGAGAUUCUUCAAAUAGCCACCCUUUGCCUUGAUGACAGCUUUGCACACUCUUGGCAUUCUCUCAACCAGCUUCAUGAGGUAGUCACCUGGAAUGCAUUUCAAUUAACAGGUGUGCCUUCUUAAAAGUUUAAUCUAUGAAAUGUUUUCCCUUCUUAAUGCGUUUGAGCCAAUCAGUUGUGUUGUGACAAGGUAGGGGGGGUAUACAUAAGAUAGCCCAAUUGGUAAAAGACCAAGUCCAUAUUAUGGCAAGAACAGCUCAAAUAAGCAAAGACAAAUUACAGUCCAUCAUUACUUUAAGACAUGAAGGUCAGUCAAUACGGAACAUUUCGAGAACUUUGAAAGUUUCUUCAAGUGCAGUCGCAAAAACCAUCAAGCGCUAUGAUGAAACUGGCUCUCAUGAGGACCGCCACAGGAAUGGAAGACCCAGAGUUACCUCUGCUGCAGAAGAUAAGUUCAUUAGAGUUACCAGCCUCAGAAAUUGCAGACCAAAUAAAUGCUUCACAGAGUUCAAGUAACAGACACAUCUCAACAUCAACUGUUCAGAGGAGACCGCGUGAAUCAGGCCUUCAUGGUAUAAUUGCUGCAAAGAAACACUUCUAAAUGACAUCAAUAAGAAGAAGAGACUUGCUUGGGCCAAGAAACACACGCAAUGGACAUUAGACCGGUGGAAAUUUGUCCUUUGGUUUGGAGUCCAAAUUUGAGAUUUUUGGUUCCAACCGCCGUAUCUUUGUGUGACGCGGUGUGGUUGAACGGAUGAUCUCUGCAUGUAUAUUUCCCACCGUAAAGCAUUGAGGAGGAGGUGUUAUUGUGUGGGGGUGCUUUGCUGGUGACACUGUCUGUGAUUUAUUUAGAAUUCAAGGCACACUUAACCAGCAUGGCUACCACAGCAUUCUGUAGCGAUACGCCAUCCCAUCUGGUUUGGGCUUAGUGGGACUAUCAUUUGUUUUUCAACAGGACAACGACCCAACACACCUCCAGGCUGUGUAAGGGGUAUUUUACCAAGAAGGAGAGCGAUGGUGUGCUGCAUCAGAUGACCUGGCCUCCACAAUACCCCAACCUCAACCAAAUUGAGAUGGUUUGGGAUGAGUCAGACCGCGUUACCUUAGAUUGGCAUUACCUUACUUGGCGUUACCUUAGAUUGUAAACUAUCAUGGUCAAAACAUAUAGAUUCAAUGGUUGUAAAGAUGGGGAGAGGUCUGUACGUAAUAAAGAGAUGCUCCACACUCCAAAAGCAAGUUCUGCAGGCUCUAGUUUAGUCUAAUCUUGAUUAUUGUCCAGUCGUGUGGUCCAGUGCUGCAAGAAAAUACCUAGUUAAGCUGCAGCUGGCCCAAAACAGAGCGGCACGUCUUGCUCUUCAUUGUAAUCAGAGGGCUGAUAUAAAUACUAUGCAUGCCAGUCUCUCUUGGCUAAGAGUUGAGGAGAGACUGACUGCAUCACUUCUUAUUUUUAUAAGAAAGAUUAAUGUGUUGAAUAUCCCAAAUUGUUUGCAUAGUCAACUUACACACAGCUCUGACACACACAAGUACCCCACCAGACAUGCCACCAUGGGUCUUUUCACAGUCCCCAAAUCCAGAACAAAUUCAAGAAAGCGUACAGUACACUUUUUUGGUUACUACAUGAUUCCAUAUGUGUUAUUUCAUAGUUUUGAUGUCUUCACUAUUAUUCUACAAUGUAGAAAAUAGUACAAAUAAUGAAAAACGCUUGAAUGAGUAGGUGUUCUAAAACAUUUGACCGGUAGUGUAUGUUUCUUCAAUAUUGACAGACCUACUCUGGGCUGUUCUGUGUGACUGUGAACCCAUAUAAGUGGCUCCCGGUCUACAACCCAGAGGUGGUGAGCGCCUACAGAGGGAAGAAGAGGAUGGAGGUCCACCUCACAUCUUUGCCCUCUCUGAUAAUGCUUAUCAGCUCAUGCUAACAGGUAUUUCACCCACUGCUUUAAAUGUCUUUUGAUUACAUAUUGUGAAUUUGAGCAUCCAACUUAUUGUGCUUAUUUUUCUUUAGAUCAGGAACAUCAGUCUAUCCUAAUCACGUAAGUAUCUUUUUUUUUUUUUUGCAGAUAUAGUAGUUGCCAGUUAAAUAUAUUCUAAUGACACAAUAAUCUGAUAUUUUUCUUCAACAGUGGAGAAUCCGGUGCAGGCAAGACUGUAAACACCAAACGUGUCAUCCAGUACUUUGCGACAAUCGCAGUGUCUGCAGACAAGAAAAAAGAACCAGUCAGCAAGAUAAAGGUAAGCUUAUGCCUUUUGUAGUGCAGUGGCUUUGACUGGUGCUGUACAGGAAUGGACUUUGACUGGUGCUUUACAGGAAUGGGCUUUGACCGGUGCUGUACAGGAAUGGGCUUUGACCGGUGCUGCACAGGAAUGGGCUUUGACUGGUGCUGUACAGGAAUGGAUGUCAGAUAUAUUUCCUUUCUUGUGGCAGGGAACCCUUGAGGAUCAAAUCAUCCAGGCCAACCCUCUGCUGGAGGCUUUUGGGAAUGCCAAGACUGUGAGUGUCACGCCCUGACUCUGGGGACUGGUAUUUGUUGAGUCAGGGUGUGUAUUUUCUGUGUGGUAUGUUCUAUGUUGUAUUUUCUAGGUUUAGAUCUAGAUCGUCUAGAUCUAUGUUGGCCGGUGUGGUUCCCAAUCAGAGGCAGCUGUCGCUCGUUGUCUCUGAUUGGGGACCAUACUUAGGCAGCCUAUUGGCACUAGUGGGUUGUGGGAUCUUGUUCCGUGUGAGUUAUGUUGUUUGUCUACCUUGGACUUCACGUUUCGUUUCAUUUGUUGUUUUGUCGUGGUGUUUAUUCAGUAUAAAUAAACAUGUAUGCAUAUCACGCUGCGCCUUGGUCCGUCCCGUCUAUAAACGAAUGUGACAGUGAGGAACGACAACUCCUCUCGCUUUGUGAGUGAAACCAGAAUCCAACAGAAUUGUUUUUUACGCAGAAGUGUAGCAAUAAGAGCUGAACAAUGUUAAACUUACAGUAAGACAUUUUUAUUUUCUCAAAAAGGGCAAAUUCAUUAGAAUACACUUUGGCACAACGGGUAAACUGGCCUCAGCAGAUAUUGAAGUGUGUAAGUACAACAUUUGUUUUGUUGCUAAAAUGGAAUUUCCUGACUUUAUCCAUAUACUGUAUGAGUCAUGUUGAAUUUAUUCUGCUUUGUUACUGAAAGAUCUGCUGGAAAAAUCUCGAGUGACAAUUGGGUGCUGAGAGGAGCUACCAUGUAUUCUACCAGCUUACUUGCAAUAAGAAGCCAGAGCUUAUUGGUACGUAAAAUCUUGACAUACUACAUUAUCUCUCUUACUGAGUCUCUCUCUCUCUCUCUCUCACACACACAAGCAAAUAAUACGGGACCCCGAUCAUACUUGACCACCUUCAUACGGGACCCCCAUCAUAUGUGACCCCCAUCGUUAGCAAAAAAAAGUUUUUAAUAUAUCUUGUCAUCAGGUGAAUCAUAACUCCAAAUGCAUUUUUGCUAAGAGCAGCUGGUUAGCUGGUUAAAGGCCCAGUGUGCAAUUGUGAAAGUUAUGAUAAUAUCAUUUUAGUUUAAGAGCUGUUUGAAAAGACCACCUGAAAUUUCUGCCUGUUUUGGUGGGAUGGAGUUUUAGCCUUCCAUGGUGACAUAAUUUAUUAAUUAAUAGACCAAUAGGAAAGAGAGUUCCAAACCUCUCUGCCAAUAACAGCUAAUUUUCCCCACUCAGACCACUCACAGACAGUCCUAGCAAAAUUCUUGAGAAGAAGCUAUUUUAUUUUUGUCCAUUUGAAAUUAAAACAAAUAACAGUAAGGUACUUAAUUGUUACCCAGAAAUGAUUUGAUAUUGAGAUAAAAAUGCACUGGUAGCCUGUUUACGGGUGCUUUUUCAAAGCCUACGUAUGUCAGAUGAGUUUAAUUGGCUCCAAUGAGUGUAAUUUGCUCAAUAUUAGGAGUUGAGAAAUAAAGUAGACAUCAUUAGAACGAAUAUAUUGUCCUCUUUUCUAAAUGUGUCUAUUCUGUUGUUGCUAGCGAUAUUCAUAAAAACAUUGGGGAAAACAUUUCUUUCUUUGCAGACCCCAGUUGAAUACCCCUGCUCUAAUUUAAUUUCCCCCUUUCAGAUAUGCUUCUCAUCACCACCAACCCCUAUGACUUUGCCUUUAUAAGUCAAGGAGAAAUCACUGUGAAGAGCAUAGAUGAUGCAGAGGAGUUGAUAGCUACUGAUGUGAGUUGAGUUAAGGGAAUCAAAUAUGCAUGGUUUCUUUUCAGAUAGCUAUGAUUUGAUGUCCCUCUUUUAUGGCACAGGAAGCCAUUGAUAUCCUGGGUUUUACUGCUGAAUAA